UUUUUCUGUGUUCUCUUAUACCUUCGGAAUGUAGUAAUAAUGCUGAUAGACCGAACUUGCUUCGAAUCGCUGCCUCGCUGCAGGAGCCACUCGAAAGUCAUGGCUGAUAUCACCAGCCUUGCUGGCAAAAACAAGGUGGAGCUUUACUGGACGAAAAAGAACAUCUACCAUUACGCGGUUUUCGAUAUCGGCGUCAUGAAAAAUGAAACUGGCCAAGAAAAAACGAUCGUGGAAGCAGCGUUCAAUUUACUAAGGGAAUUCAGAAAUCUACAGCAGGCUCUCAAGACAAACAAUCCAUCACAGCCGAAACCCGAUCGCGGUUUUAUCGUGGCGAGCUUCUACCUAUGGCCGGGCGCCGAAACUACCCCGCUUACGGUGUUCACCGAAAACGUUGUGAGGCUGCCUCUGGACGCCAUCAUUAUCCUGACGCAUUUGACGGUAGACGAACACGAGGCGGGUCUGCCGUGUGUGAUCACGGGAGGGGCUCCUUACAACGUGCGGCAAGUUACAAACAUUUUGGGCAUGGAAGUUGUUAUGAAAAAAAUGGCGCAGCAGCAACAGUGGGUCACGAAGACCACCUUAACCGUGUCUGUGUCCCUCUGCACACGCCUCUACAUGCCAGUAAAGGGGACUGACCUUGAAGAGAAGUGCGUCGACCACAUGCACCGCCCCAACACCACGGCUGCCUUCUGCAAUGACCAUCUGGCAAUCUACGCCACACCCAGAACCGUCAGGUUUGAUCACGAGACGGUGAAGUCCUCGAGCCGCAGCAGACCGUCUCUGGUUUCGACAUUUGAAUCAGAUGAGACCGUGAGCGGCAAGGCCGAUAUGUCUAUGCGAUGCAACGUAUUUAGAUUUGUGCGAUGGCGCACUGCGCGAGCUCGAGAAGGAGAAGCAGAAGAAGAAGACAUCGACGACGUCUGCCACGCGCUUGUGGCUCAAGCUGAAUUCCGGGGCGCUGACCGAGAACCGUCGGGGCUGCACUCCAGGAGAAACCCGGUUAGGCCCCGCCACCAUGGCGGAGUCUACGACGCUGGGCUCCUCUACCGCUCUGACGUCGCGCUACACCGGAACGACGGGCGCAAGCUCAACGGCGGCUACAAGCUCGACCGACUAUACCACGCCUCCAUCUGGUCCCGUUCCUACUCCGCGUCCUCCUCCACCUCCUCCCCCUCCUGCUCCCCCUCCACCUCCACUUCCAUCGCCUCCUCCUCCUCCGCCUCCCCCACCUCCACCGCCUCCUCCGCGUCCUCGGCCUCCUCCCCCGCCUACUCCUACUCCAUCUCCCCCACCUCCACCGCCUCCUCCGCGUCCCCGGCCUCCUCCCCCGCCUCCUCCUCCUCCGUCUCCCCCACCUCCACCGCCUCCUCCGCGUCCUCGGCCUCCUCCCCCGCCUACUCCUACUCCAUCUCCCCCACCUCCACCGCCUCCUCCGCGUCCCCGGCCUCCUCCCCCGCCUCCUCCUCCUCCGCCUCCCCCGCCUCCACCGCCUCCUCCGCGUCCCCAGCCUCCUCCCCCGCCUCCUCCUCCUCCGCCGUCCCCACCUCCACCGCCCCCUCCCCCACCUGCCCCACCUCCACCGCCUCCCCCACCUCCUCCCCCGCCUGCCCCACCUCCACCGCCUCCUCCGCGUCCCCAGCCUCCUCCCCCGCCUCCUCCCCCGCCUCCACCGCCUCCUCCCCCGCCUGCCCCACCUCCACCGCCUCCUCCGCGUCCCCAGCCUCCUCCCCCGCCUCCUCCUCCUCCGCCUCCUCCACCUCCCGCACCUCCUUCUCCCCCGCCUCCAGCUCCCUCAACUCCACCUCCUCCCUCACCUCCACCACCACCUCCACCCCCUCCUCCUCCUUCGCCUACGCCACCUCCAGUGACUACUCCGAGUUCCCCGCCUACCCCUGUUGA